CAACACAACCACAGCCACGUGGAACCCAAAGGUGUGAGCGGGUCCUGUGCGGGAGAGACGGGUCGUUAAAACGCCAUCACCUGCAACGGCCCAUGUUAUUGUAACGUGUGGCAGACUCUCUGCUCCUGCGUCAGACUUUACGCACCAUGCGCCCUGGUGCGGUGUGAUUCCGCGUCUCUCUGCGCGCAGAUAUGUUGGAGCCUGAAUGAAGACACCGUGCACUCUUCUCUGGAUUCAUCCCCGCCACGAUCGCUCUGACGUUACAGCCCAUCCUGCAAACGACACACGAUUCAAGAUAAAAGCACAACUUUGAUUUCCCCGGCACCUUCCCAUCCUCCUCACCUCCUGACCACACGCUCUGCUCUCCUUGCUGCUGACAUCUUCACCCUUCUGAAAAGAGGUCCUGUGCUGCGACCAUGCCAAAGAACACCAAGGUGACCCAGCUAGGGAACAGCAAUGAGCCCGUCACUGAGUCUGUGGCCGACCUGCUGUCGCUGGAGCACCCCAUGGACUAUAAGAGCAGUCAGAUGAGUAUGGGCCUGAGCCCUGGCUCGACUGCUCCUGUCAAGGCCCUGCUGCCCUCCCCUGACCCAGAUGCUGAGGACGGCCGGCCGGCCUGGAACAACAAGCUGCAGUACAUCCUGGCCCAGGUUGGCUUCUCUGUGGGCUUGGGUAACGUCUGGAGGUUUCCCUAUCUGUGCCAGAAGAAUGGUGGAGGUGCCUACUUGGUUCCCUACUCCAUUCUCCUCCUGCUCAUCGGCAUCCCCUUGUUCUUCCUGGAGCUGGCGGUGGGUCAGAGGAUCAGGCGUGGCAGCAUCGGAGUGUGGAACUAUGUCUACCCGCAGCUGGGAGGCAUCGGAGUUUCCAGCCUGAUGGUUUGCGGUUUUGUGGGCCUUUAUUAUAACGUGAUUAUCGGCUGGAGCAUCUUCUAUUUUGUCCAGUCCUUCCAGUUUCCACUGCCUUGGGCUGAGUGCCCCAUCGUGAUAAAUGGAACCCAAGCCAUUGUGGUGCCAGAGUGUGAGAAGAGCUCGGCCACCACUUACUUCUGGUACCGCCAGACUCUCAACAUAACCAGCUCCAUCGAUGACACCGGUGGCCUGAACUGGAAGAUGACCCUGUCCCUGCUGGUGGCCUGGAUCCUGGUCUGCCUGGCUGUCAUCAAGGGCAUCCAGUCCUCUGGGAAGGUGAUGUACUUCAGCUCUCUGUUCCCGUACGUGGUGCUCUUCUGUUUCCUGGUACGAGGUUUGAUGCUGAAAGGCGCAGUGGACGGCAUCGCUCACAUGUUCACCCCCAAGCUGGAAAAGAUGUUGGAGCCGCAGGUUUGGAGAGAAGCAGCCACUCAGGUCUUCUUCGCCCUCGGUCUGGGCUUCGGAGGAGUCAUCGCUUUCUCCAGCUACAACAAGCGAGACAACAACUGCCACUUCGAUGCCUUGCUGGUCUCCAUCAUCAACUUUGUAACGUCCAUCCUGGCCACUUUAGUGGUGUUUGCUGUGCUGGGCUUCAAGGCGAACGUAAUGAACGAGAAGUGUGUCGUCGAGAAUGCAGAGAAGAUCCUGGGCUUCCUAGGCACCGAUGUGCUGAGCAAAGAGCUCAUCCCACCUCACAUCAACUUCUCCCAUCUGUCUGCCCAGGACUACGAAGAGAUGUACGGCGUCAUUAAGACGGUCAAGGAGGACAGCUUCGACCAGCUGGGCCUGGAGGCCUGCCUCCUGGAGGACGAACUCAACAAGGCUGUUCAGGGCACUGGCCUGGCAUUCAUUGCCUUCACAGAAGCCAUGACUCAUUUCCCCGCCAGUCCCUUCUGGUCCGUCAUGUUCUUCUUCAUGCUAAUCAACUUGGGGUUAGGAAGCAUGAUCGGCACCAUGACUGGCAUCACCACGCCCAUACUGGAUGCCUUCAAGAUCCGCAAGGAGAUCCUGUGUGUGGCCUGCUGUGUCAUAGCCUUCCUGUUAGGCCUGCUGUUCGUGCAGCGUUCAGGGAACUACUUUGUCACCAUGUUUGACGACUACUCAGCUGGUUUGCCUCUCACUGUGGUUGUGAUCCUGGAGAACAUAUCUGUAGCCUGGAUCUAUGGCACUAAGAGGUUCAUGCAGGACCUGGAGGACAUGCUUGGUUUCAGGCCGUACUCUUUCUAUUACUACAUGUGGCGGUACGUUUCUCCAGCAAUCUUGGUGUUGCUCAUCAUCUCCACUGUCAUUGAGAUGGCUGUGAGUCCUGCAGGAUACAACGCCUGGGUGGAGGCCGAGGGUGCGGAGCGUUUCCAUAGCUACCCCCCCUGGGCUUUAGGCAUGGCCUACGCCCUCAUUGUUGCGGCCAUGCUGCCUUUACCCGUCGUCUUCAUCGUCCGCCACUUCAACCUGAUCUCAGAUGGCUCCAACAAGCUGUCUGUCUCCUACCGUAAAGGCAUGAUGAAGGACAUCUCCAACUUGGAAGAGCAGGACGAGCAGCGCUUCAUCCUCAACAAGAACCUCAGCGAGGCUCCCUCCCCCGUGCCUGCCCUCCGUGCCCAACUGGGCCCUGGCGGCGCUCACGAGAUGACCAACACCAACUACGGCACCAGCACCAAGACGGGCUACCAGAACAUCGGCUCGCCCGAGUCUGAGCUAUGAUCCACUGAGCUUGUUGAUCCUCCCGCCAGUUAAGCCCCGGCCCUGCUUCGAGAGAGGGAGUCAGAGGAAGAAAGGGAGGAGUAGAGGAAGUCAAGAAGGAGAGAAAAUUCACUGCCAGUUGUUGCAGCGUUCAUCACACCUUAACCCUCAGAGCUGAAUCCCACUGUCCCCCCUUCUCUGGUCCUAUGGUUCUUCCCCAUCAAAGGAUUCAUGCUGCUGAUUGCCCAUCGACCCCGGCUGAGAUGAAGGGAUCAUAAGAAUGUGAGUCUCACCAGAUAUGAUGAGCUAUUUCAUCUGUCAAGAUAUUUACCGGGGCAGAGAGAGGGGGAUAGAGGGGGCAACAGACGGAGGAAUGAAGCUUACAUACAGGCUUUGUUUUGUAAUAAGCUCUGGCCGAGGUUAAGGUGUGUGCAAUACCAGAUGAUUAAUGUUAUACUGAAAUGUAAUCCCACGUGUUAACCUGUCUGGAGAAGGUUCUUUUUUGGGACAGCUGGAUGUCCGUAGCUCUGGGAGGUCAUCAUCUUUUUCGGGUUUCGCUGUAGAGGAUUGUUAUUUGUGGGGACAGGGUGGAAGAAGACUCCGAAAACCAAACACAGUCAUCUUUGUCCUAAUCUCUAUCGCUGUAUGGGAACGUCUCUCAUGUACAGUAUAUGACAAAACGAUUCCAUCGCAUCCAUAGCAGUGUGUAAUAAGUGAUUCUGAUAGUGUACACAGUGUUACAAGCACAUUAGUAUAUCUUCACAUUUAUUGUGCCUAUCAUGCAUCAGCAAUAAUGACCAGUCAAAGUAGGGUCCUCAUGAACCUGUGGAUCUCCUUCUAUUCCCCUUUUCCCCACCGGUGUAGAAUACUAUACAUAUGUGUCGUGAAGUUGUCUGAGAUGUCACCGUAAAUCGUGUAUAUACACCACUGUAGUGCAAAACUAGCGAAAAACUAUUCGCCUCCUCAUUUCGUUUCCAUCAACACUGAAGCACAGACGGCCGCUAUCGUUAGAGCAUCUCUGCGCUUGAACACAGAGACGCACUUUUCUUUUAAACAAUCUCCCCCUCCUCAAAAACAAGGCUCUGCAAACAUCCCCUGUGUGCCGCUGCAGCUGCAGCUGGGUCAGACAAAGCUUUUCCAUUUGAAUCAAUCACUUUAAUCAAGCGAUUCCAUUUUUUUAAUCAAUGCCUUAGAAGGACAGAGGUGACGCUGCGCAGGUAGAGAUAAGCAGAGGGGCUUAAAGAGGCAGACACAGAAGGAAUAGGUUAUGUGAGUUUUGUCUUUGUGCGCAGGCAGAUGUGCGCGUGCGUGUUAGUGUGUUGUGGUCCACCGCUGAACGAGAGCUCCCGGUGACCCUGCCUGGUUAAAAAUAGAGCUGUGUUACCCGGGGGAUGCCGUGGCAACGCACCGUAGAUACAGAUCCUCUUCUGAUGUGGAGGAGGAAGAGAAGAGUUGACACCUUGCUUUGUCUGCUCCACCUGCACAUCUGUUUGUUCAGCAAUACAGAGACGAGACACAUUAUUGUCGAUGUCCUUCAAUGAUAUUAAUGCUACAGUGCAUUGAACAAGAGGUUCACUGCCAAGCUGUGGACCAAUCACACCUCCUCCCUGAGAGGUUGAUGUCUCGGCCCUAAUUGUUGUACAUUCCUCGAUGACGUCAUUUCAUAAGCACUACGAUAUACACUUUGAUGUCUUUUUUGUGGAAAACUUAAAGCUCUUAAUUUUGUAAUGUACAAUAUUGUAUGACAAUGUAUGUGGAAGGGUGUGAUGUGAAAAAUGUACCAUGAUAUAAAUGUUUGGAAUAGUAAUGUUUGGUCCUCGGCACUGGGUGUCUCUGGUGGCCAGCAGGGGGAGCCAGUGGCACACGGUCUCCUGUGGCCCCUCCCUGAGACAACACGGAUACUUGAGACUGAGCAGAUGUAGUGUGAAGCACAGUCACAUUGUUUUGGUGCCUGAACAGCAUCUCUGUCGUCUGGAUCGCCUUAUGCUUUUCUCUCCUUCCUUUCUCUUGAUCCCGCGUUACUGUCGACGUCUCGUUCACUUGAGCACUUUAAUUAGUCAGAGACCCUGGAGUUGUUUGUGAAGCACAAAAGACAAAAAAGGCUUUGAGGAGGUUAAACAUUUAUCAUUUGAAUACCAUCACUGAAUAGAUAAGCAGUAUUUAUACAUAUUCGGUAAAUACAGCAUGUACUGUGUAUAUACAAGAGACACA